AUGUUCCAUCUGAUGAAAGGCUUGUAUCUUUACGCAACCAGCAAAGAAGAAUACUCCAUCCUUCUCCUCGGCCUCGACAACGCCGGCAAGACAACUCUCCUCGAACAGAUAAAAGCCGUCAACUCGAACAAUCCCCACCCGAAACUCAAGACCGUGCCGACCGUAGGCCAGAAUGUCUCAACCAUCACCCUGCCGGAUAUGUACCUCAAGAUCUGGGAUGUCGGCGGCCAGCACUCGCUGCGCGGCCUUUGGCAGAGCUAUUACGCCUCGUGCCAUGCAAUUGUCUUCGUGAUCGAUAGCACGGAUAUCGGCGACGCCGAUCUCGAGAACCUGGUGGAUGGCAGGGAAGACGACACAGACGGUCGCUUGCAGGAGUGUCGCUUGGUGCUCGAAGAUGUGCUGCAGCACGAAGAAACGGAGGGCGUCCCGUUGCUGGUGCUGGCAAAUAAGCAGGAUCGCGAGGACUGCGUGGAGACGGUAAAAAUCAAGGAGGGCUUGGUGCGCAAGGUUUUUGAGGGCGGCAAGGGAGGGAGCAUCAGGGACAGCCGUGUUCUGCCUUGCAGUGCAUUGACAGGGUCUGGUGUUAAAGAGGCGGUCGACUGGCUGUGUAGUAGGGUAAAAUGGAACAAGGAAGGAAGACCACCUGUCAUGCGGUGA